CUCUAGUGCACAUGCUGCUGCUAGAUACUGCAAAAGAAAGAGCUCCAACAUGGCUCCACCUUGGAUUGUUGGAUUAGUGUGGCUGAUUUGCAGCUCCAUCACUCAAUGUGAGUCUGCCAAGGAAACUAACGCAGUCCCUAAUAAGAGCUGUAACCACCGUAAAUCAUGUCAGGGAAUAACAUAUGACAUUCGCGAGGCUGUGUGCUGUGAGGAUCAACUUCAUUCAGGGCAAGGACUGUCAUGUUGUGGAAGACAGCCUUACAACCCUGCUGCAGCCACCUGCUGCCAAGUAGGACGUGGAAGCACAUUAUCAGCCAACAUAACAUGGGGGGCAAGUGAAACAGUGUCAGCCUGCUGUGGCCUGGAGGCUUUCAACCCACUCAACCAAAUGUGCUGUGAUUCAGCCAUUGUACCCAAACCUGUUCCGAUGGCUCAAUGUUGUGGAAAAAGGGCUUUUGAUAAGGAAAAGCAGAUGUGCUGUGGUCCAAAGCGAAACAAGAUGGUCCUGACACGCAUGUCCAAUAACCACCAGUGCUGUUUUCACGAGCAGUUUGACUACAGGACUCAAUGCUGCUGUAAAAUAGGUGAUGGUCUCAAAAUACAACCCAAAAAAUCAACUUGCUGUGAGAAAGAGUCAGCUCAUGCUAACGAUCAACUCAACAAAAUAUUGAGGCCGUCAAACGUUGUGACGGAAACUGUGCCAGACACCCAGUAUUGCGAUAAAGAUUCUUUUGAUAAGGACACACACCUGUGCUGCGGUCCGGUUCGGAAUAAGAAGGUCCUGCCUAGGAAGUCCAUCCACCACAAGUGCUGUGGUCAGGAGCAGUAUGACAGUAAGACUGAGUGCUGUUGUGGGAAUGACACACUCCAGAUAAAUCCCAUCAAUUCGAUCUGCUGUGCGAACGAGUUAGGUGUGCGCCCGCAGAUACCGAUUCCUCAGCCCAAGUGCACUGAGCCACACACGCGCCUCUGUGGCUCAUCAUGUUACAACCCCCAUGAAUUACAGUGCUGUGAGAGUACAACACGUCACUUCAACUCAGGCGGAUGUGAUGCCACCCCCACAGUGUAUGACCCAAUCACACAAGUCUGCUGCGAAGGCUGUUUAUCAAAGAAGGAGCCUUGGAUACAUCAAUGCUGUGGACAGACGGCGUACGGCUUUGCACAACGAAGAGUUCUUUGCUGUAACGGCAUCUUGUACAAGGACAUAGAAGAUGGAGAGGAAUGUUCAGACACCAAUAUUCCUUUCAAUCCUUCUAAAGGGACUCUAUGUUGUUCUCAGUUUCAUAGCUCACCUGGACAACACUGCUGUGGGACAGAAACAUACCAGCCUCACCACGAAAUCUGCUGCGAUGGUCAUAGACAUCCUAAAGGUGAACACAGUCAUUGCUGUGGAAUCCACGCCUACAACAUUAAUGACCUGCACAUGAAGUGCUGUGCAGGGACACUCUAUAACCUGACAUCACCAGGCAGCAACGGGAAUGACGCCCAGUGCUGCGGAUCGAUUCUUCAAAAGAACCAAGAUGUCUGCUGCUCAGGUGUGGAACAGGAGGUGCGCUACUCUAAGGAGAGCGGACACAGGUGCUGCGGUCACCUCUACUAUAAAACCUCUCUGUGGUCGUGCUGUGCCGAGAGGCUGAGUCCUUUACACCAACCAGGACAGGCCAUUAUGAAUAAUGAAUCCAGGUAUCAGGUGUCAGUGAACAAUCUGAACACAAAAGAUCUUUGCAAAGAAAUGAAUAUCGGGACUGUGGAAAGUGUAUCUCUGCACAGUGUCGUGUUGCGCGAAGUGCUGAAGAUUCACGCAGUGGACGGCUCUGUUAAAGCUCUGGCGUCGCCUUACAUCCUGAUAACACCUGGUCGUUGCAACAAACCUAAACUGAUCCCUGGCAGGACCUACUUCUUUGAUGAAGCUCAUGUCUUCCCUGGUUUCAUCCAUGACCCUCCUCCGUCGCUCCAUUUCAUUUUUUCCAAAUGUCGUCAUUUUUGACUGUGCGGUUUUCCUGCUGAAGAAACUAGUUGAAUAGUAUCAUCAAUCAUCAUGUGGUUCUAUUUUCAGCAGUCGCACAGCGGAUGCUCCUAGCUAAGUGUGGGUGUAGAAAGAAUCUACGUUAUUUAACUGCUAUUCAUCAAAAGGAAGAAGGAAAUUGUAGCAUCUGACCUCGCGGGUAAUCUGAUGGAAAUGCAGACAUUGAGAAUAGUUUAUAGAAAAAGGCAAUUUUCUCCCUGAUUCUCUCAUUUGAUGUUGUUGGUCAUUAAGAGGCAGUCAUAUUAGAACGAGACUGUUUUUUAUAUAUUAAAAAGCUU